AAUGCGCCGAAACCGCCAUUAUCUCCACGCUCCCCUCGCUCUCUCUAACUACCAACUCGACUCCCCUUCGCUUCUACUAAAAGCCACUUCCUCUGCCUGUCUCUCAUUUGCCUCUCUCUUAUUUCUCCUCUCUCUCUCUCUGACCACCUCCAUAGCCGGGCUCGAAAGAUGGCUCUCUUGAUGAGCUUUACCAAGCGCCUCCUCCUCACCCUUCUCUUCUCCAUGCUACAUUCCAAUGCAUUCGAUUUCGAGGUUGGCGAUGAGGAGGGUUGGGCCGUCCCUCCUUCCAGAAACACGAAAUUGUACAACCACUGGGCCUCCAGGAACAGGUUUCAGGUUGGCGACACCAUCCAUUUCAAGUACAAGAAGGAUUCUGUGAUGGAGGUGAGUGAAGAGGAUUACGAGCACUGCAGGUCCUCCCACCCUAUCUUCUUUUCGAACGAUGGAAGGACGGAGUUCGAUCUCGAUCACUCGGGGACGUUAUACUUCAUCAGUGGGGCGGCAGGUCACUGUGAGAGAGGCCAAAAGAUGAUCAUCAAAGUGCUCAGCCAUCCGCAUUCGGAGGGGCCAAGUGGAUCACAAUCCAGCAGCAACCAGACGGCGGGAAGCUCGACUUCUCCUGAAUCACCUGACUCCAGUGGUGCAGCUCAGGCCACGGCGAGCGUUCUUGAAGUCAUUGGGUUAUUAGUUAGCUUGCUCUUCUUCUAGAUUCUGGAGACAAAUUUCUAGUAGAGCAUGGCAGUGUUUCAGGUUUUCUACUAGUAGUUUAGGGUUAUUGGAGUUGGUUAUUCUACUUCUGGUGAUAGGUUCUGGUUUGGAAUUCAUAAGAAGAGUCAUGCGGCUUUCGCAUUCUAUUAUGUUGAAGUCAAUCCCAAGUAUUUUAUUUC